CGUAGAAGCAGUACGUAGUGCGACCGCGGCGGCUGCGAGUCGCGGGCUGCACGGAGACCUCCGUCGUGACCAUGGUAAAAUACAGCACCCUCGGACUGACAGCGCGUUGGAAACAAGAAGUGUGAUAGGAGGCCAGACUGCGAUGGACAGUCAGGAUGUGAAACUCUCAGCCGAAGUGGAGCCAUUCAUCCCACAGAAGAAGGGCUUGGACCCCACCCUGGUGGUCAUGAACCUGUCUGGCGAAGCAGGAGGGGGCGGAAUUGGAGGCAGCAUGGAACCGACACCCAUUCCCAGCUAUCUCAUCACCUGCUACCCCUUUGUCCAGGAGAACCAGCCCAACAGGCAGCUCUCCUUGUACAACAGUGACACCAGAUGGCCGCAGCCCAGCCCCACCGCCAACGCAAGCCCCUACAUGGCUUACCCCCUCCUGUCGGCACCCCAGCCCCCCAUGUCGGGCAACUAUGCCUACUACCAGAUUGUUCCUGCCUCUUGCCCACCCAUGGUGGGUUUCUACCCACCCUUCCACUCUGCCUACGCCACCUCUGUCCAGACGGAGUCGCUCGGCGCAGUGGUCACCGACUGUGGGGAUGUCCCCUUGGCUCCAGGACACAUGUUUGCUGCAGCCAGCCAGAGAGCUAAAGGUGUCUUCCGGGCUGCAGUUAUACCUAAGCAGCAACAAACCUUCCAACCACCUAGGUUACGGAGACCAUCAGCCAGGGGUUUGGCGGUCCAGAAGGAGGUGGGCACUCCCAGGCCAGAUGGCCGGUCCAGAACGGUGCUCCUGGUGGACGCAGCUCAGCAAACUGAUUCUCCAGGAGGUACAGACAGAGUCAGCCCACUACAGUGGAAGAACCGCAUACGAAAGAAGCGGGGGUCCCACCAGGCAGCGGAGGCAUCCGGUGAGCAUGUCACCAGCGAGGCAGACAUUGACAGCGACAGCGGUUACUGCAGCCCCAAGCACCACCAGGCUGUUGCUGCCGCUGCCGCCGCCGCCGCCCAAAAUGCUGCUCUGGGAGUCGACACUGGUGUCAUGACGGUGGGAAGUUGGGCCACCAUGGCCUCACAAACAUCCUCCAAGUUCUGGGUGGACAGGAGCAGUAUACUCCACAGGGGUGGCAGAGGUCCGUAUGAACAGAGGGGCUAUGCUCAGGUGGGUCAGGGGCCUCGUAGCGGCAGCAUGGUAGACAGGGGAUGUAGUCCGCAGAAGAGGUUGCAGGAUGGGGUGAUGCAGACCAACCCUGUCCAGGCAGGGGCAGAGCUUCCCCCAGAGCCCCUCUACUUUGAGGACGAUGACGAAUUUCCUGAGCUUACAUCUGCUGGAGGAGCCACUUCUCGCAGUAAUGCUGAGUCAGCCCAACCCAGACUCCCCAGCAGCCUGCUGGACAGUCUGCCGGAGAGCUCUCCCAUCAGUAUUGUGCAUACGCCCAUCCCGAUCACCACCUCUGUGCCCAAGCGCGCCAAGAGCCAGAGGAAGAAGGCGCUUGCAGCUGCACUGGCCACGGCGCAGGAGUACUCUGAGAUCAGCUUGGAGCAAAAGAAGCUGCAGGAGGCGAUGUCCAAAGCGGCAGGAAAGAAGAGCAAGACACCAGUGCAGCUGGACCUGGGUGACAUGCUGGCGGCUCUGGAAAAGCAGCAGCAGGCCAUGAAGGCCCGCCAGAUGACUAACACCAAGCCCCUGUCCUACACAGUGGGCACAACAGCCUUGUUUCAUAGUAAGGACAUGGGCAGCAAGCUGUCAGCAUUCAAGAGCCAGCCGUUCACCAUGCCCCACAACAUGCUGGACUCCACUGCCCCCAGGGUGAAGCGAGGCAAGGAGCGGGAGGUGCCCAAGGCUAAGAGGCCCACUGCCCUCAAGAAGGUUAUCCUGAAAGAGCGAGAGGUGAGGAAAGGGAAGCUCUCGUUGGACCCAGCCGUGGCAGGGACAGAGGAACAGGAAGACGGCGAGCUAUCCUUCACUGACGACCUGGCCCCGGACGCCAUGUCCCAGGAUGAGAAUGGUCUGAGCAUUCCCAGUGACACCUCGCUAUCUCCAGCCAGCCAGAACUCGCCAUAUAGCAUCACACCCGUUUCCCAGGGGUCCCCGGCCAGCUCAGGGAUCGGGAGCCCGCUGGCCACCUCUGCUGUAACCAAAAUCCACAGUCGGAGGUUCAGAGAGUACUGCAACCAGGUGCUCAAUAAGGAAAUCGACGAAAGCGUGACUCUACUGCUGCAGGAGCUGGUGCGCUUCCAGGAGCGCGUUUAUCAGAGGGACCCCACUAAGGCCAAGGCCAAGCGACGUCUGGUCAUGGGACUGCGUGAGGUGACCAAGCAUAUGAAGCUCCACAAGAUCAAAUGCGUCAUCAUCUCGCCCAACUGUGAAAAGAUCCAGUCCAAAGGUGGUCUGGAUGAGGCAUUGUACAAUGUCAUCGCCAUGGCCAGGGAGCAAGAGAUUCCCUUUGUGUUCGCACUGGGUCGCAAGGCUUUGGGCCGCUGCGUCAACAAGCUGGUCCCUGUCAGCGUUGUGGGCAUCUUUAACUUCUCAGGAGCCGAGAGUCUGUUCUACAGGCUCGUGUCGCUGACGGAGGAGGCCCGUGAGGCAUACAGGGAAAUGGUGUCUGCACUGGAGCAGGAGCAAGCUGAGGAGGCCCUGAAGAGUGUGAGAAAGUUGCCCCACCACAUGGGCCACUCCCGCAAUCCAUCGGCUGCUAGCGCCAUCUCCUUCUGCAGCGUCAUCUCUGAGCCCAUCUCUGAAGUGAACGAGCAGGAGUACGAGACUAACUGGAGGAACAUGGUGGAAACAUCUGAUGGCACGGAGGCUGCCGAGAUCGACUAUGAGAAAGAACCAGGUAGCAAGGCUUCCCGAGCAAGUGGGGUGAACAAGGACAACAUGGGGCCUACUUCCGUAGCCCCUGCAUCUGCCACCUCUGGGCAGCCUGGGAAGGAGGAGGGCCGGCCGGAUGACACUUUGGAAUGGGCGUCCCAGCGGUCCCAGCAUAGCACCGAGACGGGCUCCCUGGACGGCAGUAGCCGGGACCCACACAGCUCCUCCAUCACCAGUACUGCCAGCACGCUGGUGCCCGGAAUGUUAGAGGAGGGCGACGAAGAUUACGAGGAUGAGGAGCAGGAGGAGGACGAUUACGCCCCUGAGCCUGUCUCUGUGGAGGUACCGCCCCUCAGCAGCAGGAUUGAGUCCUGGGUCUCCGAGACCUUGGAGAACCUGCAGCUGCACGACAGUCAGGACAGUAGUGAGGAAGAACACGUGGAGGAGGAAGAAGAGGGCAGGCACAGUGAGGAGGAAGAGCUGGACUCCACUGAGCUGACUGACUCCUCUGCGGACAAGAACCAACACCCAGAGUCAGAGCGCCCCUCUCUCUGAUGAACCAUCCCCUUGUCUUUCCCCCAGUCUUUCUCAUCCCCUUUAGAGCUGAACAGAACAACAGCCCCUCUGGCUCUCAAACACUGAGAAGCUAUAGGUCCGUCUCACUCCCCACACAUCAUUCUGCCUUUUCUCAGGAAUACUCCCCUAGCCAGCCCUCUAGAACACCUCCAGUGAUACAGAGGAGUGCGUGCAGUGUGUCCACAAGACAGUAAUCCUGUUUCUGUCGCCUCCUUACCGUGGAGUAAGCGAUUUUUAUUUUUGUGCAGUCAGAAGCAAAAAUGAAGCUGCUGCAAUGCUUCGAAUCUGUUCCAGAGUUUCUGUUUUUAAAUGUCCCUUUUUAACAGUUCUGUACCAUACUGUGUAUUUGCUCCAUUGUCUUUCUCCUUCAGGCAUUCACAGUAUACCUGCCCUACCUCCUUGGAUUCUAGCAUUUGAAACUAGAGACCCUGGAAGAACGUUCGCCAGAUCAUACGUGACACACGUAGUCUGUCUGUAUGAACGUAAAAGUCAGGUUUGUAGCCGGAGACUGCUCUGCGUCUCUGAUCAGCAGCAAAUCCUGUACCUGUGUGUGCCCUUGUGUAUGUACAUAAAGAUCAGUUGACUAAAGCUGGCCAGAUAACAAAAUGAUCAGUUGCAGGUAAAGAAACCUUUAAUAAUUUUGUUUUAUAACAAUGAUUUUUCCAAUGAAGUUAUUCACGGUAGUUCAGUAACAAUGUUUACUAUUCUAAGUAAAUUAACUUGAAAUUAUCCUAUUUUUAUUUAUAUUUCUAGCUUUAAUAUGACUCCGCUAUAAGAAUUGUUACAGAUACUUUGAAAAUCAUAAGAGGUAUUAAUUCGGGUAGCUGUUUAAUGCAAAUGGCAGGAGUGGAUGGUCUCGAGAAUCAUGUUACAUUAUACUGCCAUUCAUUAUUUUCCUUAAUGGUUUUGUGGGUAUUUCCCCCUGACGGUGAUAACUUUUUCAGUUCACAACAGGAGUCAAAGCACGUCUUAAAGUUAACAUCCUUUAGAUUACUGCGCUGAAACUUAAUUUGCAGCCAUUGGAAUUAAUUUGGUUCAAAACUGCAGGUCUUUAUCAAGUUGGUUGUUGUGUACCUUAAAAGAAAAACUUGUUCAUUAAUAUACAUAUGUUUUUAUGUAGAAAAAAAGUUGAUUUUUAGCUUCUGAUUUGAGAGUCUCAGAAACAUACUUGAAAUGCAGGUAAAUUCAGUGUUUUAGCAUUGGUCUUAUGGGGCCUAACUUAAAAAUGAAAAUCCAAUUAGUACAGUUAUUCUGUGUUAUCUGUUCAGUUAAAUUGUUAAUAUUUAUUAAGUUGUAGUGUGUUACUCUGU